CCACCCCCCAUGUCCACUCAAAGAGCUCUUUCCGCCUACAGAUCGGCUAUCAGAGCUAGCAAAAUUGCUUUCAACGGCGACGCCAGAAUGCUCCAGGGCGCUAGGGAUGCCAUCAGAGCGGGGAUGGCCCAGGAGAGCAAGCAACCAGUUGAAGAGAGAAUCGCGCAUUUGGAAGAAGUUGCCAAGUUUGUGAGACAGAACAUUGCUCAGGGUAUACCUGAUGAGACCGGUAGGUUUACUUUGAAUAUCCACAAGGAUAUUGAGUUGGGAGAUAAUGACACUAUCAAGGGAUCCAAGCUCGAUUUGGGUUCUUUGGCCGGUAAGGGUGCCUCCAAGUGCUGCAGUUCCAAGGACUAAAUGGUCGCUGUCCGGAUACUGAAAGGCACAGAGGUCCUCCAGCCGGCCCACGAUGUUACGAUCACUCUCUUUAAGUUUCUCCACGAAGGCUAGCAUUCUGUUUGAAUCGGCCGCUGUAUAUAUCCGUGUAAUGGAUUCUCUAUCGCUGAAUUAUAUGAGUUAACACUAGGUGACAGCAGAUUGGUAUGGCUUACAGUUCUGGCCGCUGCGUCACUUGAAGGUGCUGUUAGACGGAUAAAGAAUGGGGUUAUUUACGGGCCUGUAUUUUAAACCUCGAGUGCCUCCUUCUAUAUCAAAUUCCAAGUCAAGCUGUUGUGAGAUUACCAGGCUAUUCGUUAAAAUUGUA